UGAGUUUCCUAUUAAGACAUAAUUAACAUUUCGCGGAAACGACUGAUUGGGGAUGGGUGAGGGAGAUAAAUUAUAAAAAAGAAACAAAGUACAAUAGGUGGCGCUACGAUCAAAGAAUAAAGUUUUUUUACGUUUAUACGCGUGUGUAUGUGUGUAUGUGUGUGGUGUCGGCCGAGUAUCUUAUGUAUCCGUGUAUAAAAAUAGAAAAUCCAAAUAUUAGAUGCAGCAUCAACUGCACUAGUAGUUUUUUUUUUCGUUUUCGCCGUAAAGGAUGGUCUUAAAACUGUUGGUUUCGAAAGACUGUGGUAAUUUACAGAUGAAAAGUCAUCAAGAUCAUAUAAAGAGAGUUUUCGAGUCGAAGAAGAUCUCUUUCGUCGAGGUGGACGUUGGUAGACCUCAAACUGUAAAAGAAAAAGAGAAACUAUUAGACAUGCUGCUAAGUCCUCCUCAGAUAUUCAACGGCGAUAUAAACCGUGGCGACUACAGCACCUUCCUUAAUGCUCUUGAAAACGAGAAACUCUUCGAAUACUUGGAUAUUAACUGCCCUGAAGAGGAAGUUGAAUACAUUUAUAGCCAACAGAUGGCAAGAGGUACUGACUAAGAAGAGGUCAAAAGACCAAGUGAAUAUUUAUAUAUCGCAAUGGCAUGUUACGGUAUAGAAAGUAUAGAAAUUGGACGAUAUUCUCAUUAGAAAAGACGAAACAAAAGCUUUUAUAGAUAUUUUCUUCUUUUUUCGUAUUCAAAUCGAAUUAAAAAGGGAGAGAAGAGAGAUGCGUUCCCUCUCUCUAUCUUUCUUUUUUUCUUUCUCUUGUCCCGGUAGGCCUAUUAGUAUUCUUUACAUAGUUUUUAUUCGUCUCUAAUACACAUUUUCGAAGAAAUCUUUCAAAAAGUAAA